AUGCGAAAGCUGAGCGACCUAAAAGUACAUGAACUCCACGAUGAACUAGCGAAGUUGGGCCUUUCAAAGAAAGGGAAAAAAGCCGAGCUUGUGGAGCGUCUUACCGAAUACAUCCGCGAGCAGGGCAGCGAUCCAGCGGAGGUAGACUUCGACGAGUCUGAUGCUUUGGCAAAUAUUGGAAAAGCAACUUCUCAAGCAGAGGAGGGGGAGGAUCAAAUCGAGGAGCAAGAGCAAGAGACGAGCGAAAAGGCAGCGGCAGAGGAUCAAACAGGCGAAGACACUUCUUCAAAUCCACCUACUGCUAGAAAAAGUGAUGAGGAAUCAAAGGCUGCAGCGGUAGAAGAGGAUGAAGAAGCGCAGGUGAUCCACCAAACCGACGAGCCACUGACUGCUGAGCAACGAGCGGAAUUGACUGCUACAAUUGAUAUGAAGAUCCCGUUGGCUGGCACGGCCGACGACCCGAUCGUGAUUAACUCCAGCCAAUCGUCACAAGAAUACGAUUCUCAAGACGAGCAGAAUUCACUCUCAACGACCAUCCAUGAGGAUGCCUCUGAGGAUGCUGCAGAAGCAACUGGCGAUGAUGCACCAUCUAUUGAAGAAAUGGAGACAAAUGAAAAAGAGGCGACUGAGAUAGAAAAAGAAACUGAAGAGUUGGCUCCCCAACUAACUGAGACCGAAUCUGUGGAGAAAAAGGAAGAUGCGGGUGAAUCUGAAAAGAUCCAAGAUGAAGCCAAGGAAGAUCAAGGCAUGGAAUUCCAACAAGAAACGGAGGAAAAAACCGAGGAUAAAGAAAAACUCGAGCAGAUAACUCAAUCUGGUAUCGAGAAAGCCGAAGACAAGCAGGCUGACCCGGGAACAGUGGUCCUCACAGGCUUCAGUGGAGAAGUCAUUCAUACUGGUGAACACUAUGUGCCCGUUUACGAAAAAACCGACACUGAUACCGAAGGGUUCAUAAGUGACUCUCAAGACGAAGACACAAACGAUUCGAUGAAUUCAUUUUCUGAAGACUUUUCUGGAGACGAGUUGUACAGCGGCGACGAUGAGCCUAUCCCAUUUUAUCCAUACACGCCUCCGUAUACCAACGACGGCAGCAACGAAGGCAGUAACGGCGGCAGCAACGGCGGCAGCAACGGCGGCAGCAACGGCGGCAACAACGGCGGCAACAACGAAUAUGACUCUGAAAGCGGCUGGGAAACGAUUUCCGACUCUGAUCCCAAUUCUCGAGGCAGCUCGGACGCUGACUCUGAGUCUGAUUCCAGCUCUGAAUCCGGAAGUUAUGAAUCAUCAAGUAGCGAAGAGGAGGUUUAUCAGAGAAUUAACUACAUCAAGGCUGAGGGCAUGGUACCAAUGCUUGAAUCUACGUCGAUUUAUUUUUAUCGAGAAGAACACAACUACAAACGGGCCUCUUAUAACGCUUGGACGAUGAUAGAGGAGGAGCUUGACAAACACGUAGUCUAUGCCGACCAAUUUACGCCGAAUGCUUCCGAAGAAGAAGACAGUGAAGAGGAAGAAAACGAGGGGGAAGAUAGUGAUGAAGAAGAUACUGACGGAGAAGGUUAUGAAAAAGAGGAUGCGAGUGAUCAAGAAGAAAUCAUAGUUAUAAGCGAUGAGGAUGAAGAGGAAUCUCACCCAGUGAGAGCUUCAGAAAAGGAAGACAAACAACAGCAAGCUGAUGAGGACAAGAGUAAGCAAGACGACUGUGAAAGCGACCACGAGGAAGAGGAGGAUGCUCAAGAGGAGAAAGUACACAUGGCCACAGAGGACAUCGUCCAUAUUUACUACUCGCCGGAGCAGAUCGAAGGACGCCGAAGGCGGGCCGCUCACCAAAGACGCUACAAAAACUGGUGCAUCAAAAAAGAGGCAGCGGCUCCAACAGAAGAAGCAGUUUUCGCAGUUCUCGAGGGUUUCAAUCCCAGCGAUUUCGUCUGCAAAGAAAUCGGCGAAAAGAACUACAAAAUCGAGGUCCGCGUUUCGAGCAAAUCCGCCUUCGUGACGAAGUUCAAAAAUGGCUGCACUGUCGGAGAUGAUACUGUAUCAGCUUCCGAUCCCAAGUACAAGGAACGGAAGAGAUCUCAUUCUUCCGAACCAAAUAAAAACGAGGAUAGCAAGAAAUCGAAACUGGAGGAAAAGCCGAAAACCACAGCCGAGCAGAUAGUAUCAAUUGAAGCGGACAUGAAGCGACGAGAAAAAACGAUCGAAGACGACCGAAAAGAGCUAGAAAAACUGAGAGACGCGGAGAAAAGAUCAAGGAGGGAUAUCGAGGAUUUCGGACGAGACAUUAAGCGCAUGAGGGACAAUGUGAACCGCGUGCGCGAUGAUUGUCGACGAAUGCGCGAUGAGCGCAAAAACUACGAACGAGACCUGGACAAGCUCAAGUCGCUGCUGAAGACGGAGCGGGAAUUGCUCGAAGACGACCGCCGUCAGCUGCGACGCGUCCAGGACGAUCUCAAGCGUGUCAAUGAAGAAAGAAGGACGACGAAAGAGCAGAGCGAGCGGGAGAAGCUCGAACUCGAGCGACGACAGUUGGCCGAGGAGAGAAGGCGCUUUGCUGAAGAGAGAGAACGAAUGGAAAGAGAAAGAAACAUGUACCGAAGCCGGAACAGAUCGCCAGUGCAAGAACGAAGAGUGGAACCGGUUUCUCGUGAAUCCAGAGCGCCGCGAGACCCUUACAGCUCCGCUCAAAAUUACUCGCGCUCGAACUCGACCCCACACCCAAAUCCUUACGACAGACCUCCACGAGCGAUGGUUGACUCGCGGGACCAGCGCCGCAAUGAGUACUCCCGCAGCCAGUCUUCGUCAGUCUCCAGCUAUCAGAACAGCCGCGCUCCAGAAUACCGCCCAGUUCCAUCUUAUCAAUCAGGCCCUGACAAUGGAUACGGAAAGCCCUCCUAUUAG